AUGGGGGGAAAUCACACAACAGUGACAGAAUUCAUUCUAUUGGGAUUUCCCCUGGGUCUGAAGAUCCAGGCGGUUCUCUUUGGCCUCUUCUCCCUGUUCUAUGCCUUCACCUUGCUGGGGAACGGGGUCAUCCUGGGGCUCAUCUCCCUGGACUCCAGACUGCACACCCCCAUGUACUUCUUCCUGUCCCACCUGGCCAUUGUGGACAUCGCCUACGCCUGCAACACGGUGCCCCAGAUGCUGGUCAACCUCCUGGAUCCAGCCUCGCCCAUCUCCUAUGCCGGCUGCGUCACGCAGACUUUUCUCUUUUUGACCUUUGCUCACACCGAAUGUCUCCUCCUGGUGGUGAUGUCCUAUGACCGGUACGUGGCCAUCUGCCACCCCCUCCGCUACUCUGUCAUCAUGAGCUGGAGGGUGUGCAUCUCCCUGGCAGUGACCUCCUGGACCAUUGGAGUUCUUUUAGCCUUGGUGCAUCUCAUUUUACUCCUUCCCUUGCCCUUCUGUGGACCCCAGAGAGUUGAUCACUUUUUCUGUGAGAUUAUAGCCGUGCUCAAGCUCGCGUGCGCAGACACGCACAUCAAUGAGAUCAUGGUUCUGGCCGGAGCCGUGUCUGUGCUGGUGGGACCGUUGUCCUCGAUUGUGAUCUCUUACGCUCACAUCCUCUGGGCCAUCCUGAAGAUCCAGUCGGGAGAAGGGCGUCAGAAAGCCUUCUCCACCUGCUCCUCCCACCUCUGUGUGGUCGGACUCUUUUAUGGCACCGCCAUCAUCAUGUAUGUUGGACCCAGAUACGGGAACCCCCAGGAGCAGAAGAAAUAUCUCCUGUUGUUCCAUAGCCUCUUCAAUCCCAUGCUGAACCCCUUCAUCUACAGUCUCCGGAACAAAGAAGUCAAGGCUGCUCUGAAGAGAAUGGUUACCAAAGACAGAAGCCCCUGA